CUUUGGAAUAUAGAGUGCUUAUAGACAAGAGUGGAUGUACUCAAGAUCAAUUUGAAGCAAGGGUUGGGGGAGGGGAACUUUGGAGGGGAAAAGGAGGAAUACUAAGGCUCCUGUGAGUCCUGUUCGUUGGGGGAAUGGAGAGUGGGAUUUUGGGGUCUUGGAUGGGGUAAUUUGGUCUGAGGAUUGGGGAACCUUUAGAGAAGCUAUAUUUAGUCAAUUUUUAUCAGCCUUACUCUAUGAUGGAGGGGUCCUUAGUGAUUCACAAGUAGAUAUAGAUCUUAUAGAACUGGGAUCAGUUGGGUGCCUUCACUAUAUUGCUACUCCUGCUGCUUACAACAGCUUCCAAAUUUGACAACUAAUAUAAUUGAGUUUGUACUGUAACAGAAUUUGUGUGGGGAAAUUUUACUGAAAUUUUAAGAAUUUUAGGGGAUUUUGAUGAUCAAUGAUUUGCUCAGUGUUCAGUGAAUUCGGAAUUUGGGGGUUGAACUGGAUUGGGGGUUGUGAGUGGUGAGAUUUUAGAGGGGUUAUAUCUGAGAUUUGAUUUUUAGCCGUGUUGAAAGGAUUUUAGAUGUAGUUUGUGAAAUUUACUCUGCAGAUGACUUUUAGGUGGUAGAAAUUAAUUAAAUCUACAAAUUUAGUGGAGGAAUUGAUCUAAAGAGUCAGUAAAGGUAUAAAAUUUAGUUCUUGUGUUAAAUUUGAUGCCCGUUUUUGU